AUGCACCCAUUUCGCACCCUACUUUGCUUUCCCUCCUACUCCCUUCCCCUUGUAUCCCCUCUUUUCCCCCCCUUGCUUCCCUUGCGUCCCCUCCUUACCCCCCCUUGCAUCCCCUAUUUCCCUCCCUGCUUCACCUCCUUUCCCCUCCUUGCUUCCCAUCCUUUUCCGCCCUGCCUCCCCUCCUUUCCCCCCCUUGCUUCCCCUCCUUUCCCCCUCUGCAUACUCUCCUUUCCCCCUCUGCUUCCUUUCAUUUUCCCCCCUGCAUCCCCUCCUUUUCCUGUCUGCUUCCCUUCCUUUCCCCCCCUGCUUCCCCUCCUUUCCCCCCCUGCAUCCCCUCCUUUUCCAGUCUGCUUCCCUUCCUUUCCCCCCCUUUCUUCCCCUCCUUUCCCCUCCUUGCUUCCCAUCCUUUCCCCCCUGCUUCCCCUCCUCCCCCCUCCCUUGCUUCCCCUCCAUUCUCCCCCUGCAUCCCCUAUGCUUCCCCUCCCUGCUUCCCCUCCUUUCCGCCCCUGCUUCCCCUCCUUUUUCCCCGUUGCUUCCCCUCCUUUCCCCCCCUGCAUCCCCUCCUUUCCCCCUCUGCUUUCCUUCCUUUUCCCCCCUGCAUCCCCUACUUUACCUCCCUGCUUCCCCUCCUUUCCGCCCCUGCUUCCCCUCCCUUUUCCCCCUUGCUUCACCUCCUUUCCCCUCCUUGCUUCCCCUCCUUUCCCCUCCUUGCUUCACCUCCUUUCCCCUCCUUGCUUCCCCUCCUUUCCCCUCCUUUCCCCUCCUUGCUUCCCCUCCUUUCCCCUCCUUUCCCCUCCUUGCUUCCCCUCCUUUCCCCUCCUUGCUUCCCCUCCUUUCCUCUCCUUGCUUCCCCUCCUUUUCCUCCUUGCUUCUCUGCCUUACCCCAUCUCCACCUCACACCAUCUCUGCCUCACCCCAUCUCUGCUCUGCCUCUCUUCCCCUUCUCCCCCCAUCCAUCCUCUACACAUCCCUGCUCUCCCAAUCCCUCCUGCAGGGGAGGGGGAAAGCAGGGGAAAUGGAGAGGAGAUGAGAAGAGUGCCCCUGGUAGGGGGAGGGGAGGUGAGCAAGGAGUGCCGGAUAUGGGCGGGAGAGGUGGUAGGGGGAGGGGAGAUGAGAAGGGAGUAG